AUGCGUCGCAUUUCGCUGAUGACACUGGUGAGCCUGGCCUUCGUCCUGCUGGCUGUCGCCGCCGCUCUUUCCGCCCCGUCGACCCGCUCGUUCGAGUCCGUCGACGCCGCCGGCUCCCUCAACUUUGUUGUUGAUGCCAACAAGCCCACGAUUCAGUGGAAGCACUACUGGAAGGAGUGCGUGGGUUCGGGCCACGCCCUGCUUGCCCUCCGCGAGGACUACCGCGCCCACCUCGAGAUGGCCCGCCGCGACCUCGGCGUCAAGUUUGUGAGGUUCCAUGGCAUUUAUGAUGACGACCUUUCGACGCUGCUGUCGGUCGAUGCCAGCGGAAAGCAGACCUACUCGUUCUUCAACCUGGACUCCAUCUACGACUUCCUCCUCUCCAUCGGGAUGAAGCCCUACGUCGAGCUCAGCUUCAUGCCGGAGGCGCUGGCGUCCAACUCGACGUACGUGUUCCACUACAAGGGCAACACCUCGCCGCCCAAGGACUACGAGAAGUGGACCGACCUGGUGACUGCCCACAUCCGUCACACCAUCGAGCGCUACGGCAUUGAUGAGGUGAGGUCGUGGUACUUUGAGGUGUGGAACGAGCCCAACCUGGACUUCUGGACCGGCACUCAGGCCGACUACUUCAAGCUCUACAGCUACACCUCGCGCGCCAUCAAGCAGAUCGACUCGCGCCUCCGUGUCGGCGGCCCCGCCACCGCCCAGAGCCAGUGGAUCCCCGCCUUCAAGUCCUUCGUCCUGGCCAACAACCUGCCGCUCGAUUUCAUCUCGACGCACGAGUACCCGACCGACGUGCAGCCGCUCCAGCGCGACAUCAUGAAGAAGGUGUUCACCAAGGCGAGGGAGGAGGCCAGCCCCUUCCCCGUGAUCUACUCCGAGUACAACAGCGGCCUCUUCUACCCCGGCAAGCACGAUGACCCCUACGCCUCGGCAUUCGUCAUGUACAACGUGCAGGAGGUCCAGGACAUCGUCGAGUUCAUGUCCUACUGGACUUUCUCCGACAUCUUCGAGGAGGGCGGUUUCGACUCGCUCCCCUUCCACCAGGGAUUCGGCCUGAUGACCAUCCACCAGGUCCCCAAGCCCGCCUACAGGGCGUUCGAGAUUCUGCACCGCACGGGCAGGGAGCGCAUGGCUGUUUCGGGUCCCGACCACCCGACGGUGGGCACCUUCGCCAUCCUCAACCAGGAGAAGAAGGAGGUGAUCAUCAUCGCCUACAACCACAACAUUCCCAACAACCCCAUCAAGACCGAGACCGUCACCAUCACCGUCAGCGGCCUGCCCUUGUCGGCUAACGGCUACGGUACGCUGGAGCGCAUCGACGACACCCACUGCAAUGCGGCGGCGGCGUGGAAGGCGGUGGGCAGCCCCGCGUACCUCGAUCGCGAGCUGGUCCACCUCCUCCGUCGAGAGAGCGAGCUCCAGCAGGAGAAGAUCAGCUACACCCGCAACUCCUCGGCGAUCACGUUUGAUUCGUUCUACCUGCCCGCCCAGGGUGUGGCCGCCAUCACCCUUCGCUUCUAG